GCAGAAAGCUGCCGCACUGUUUGGGGGAAAGAUUUAGGAUGAGGGGGAGGAGAGGAAAUACUGUAAUGGAUAGAGAAAAAGCAAAGACUCAAAGUGAUUGCGAAAGACUGUGGCUUUUUUGGCUGCAUUGAUGCCUGAGUGAAAAGGAGCAGAAAGAGCAGCUGCAGACAAAGAAAUAACGUUUCCAGGGUUUUGCAGACAUCUCUGAAUUAUCUUGAAGAACUUCUAGAUUAAAUUGAUUGCUUAAGCAGGGCACAAAAUGCCAAAGGAACAUCAGAAAAAGAGAAGUUUAUGCCAACAAACCGGGGCACUCUUGUGGAAGAACAUACUUCUGAAAUGGAGGAUGAGAAUACAAAGUGUUCAGGAACUGUUCUCAUCAUUGAGCCUUCUCCUUUCAUUCUUAAUUAUGUCAGCCAUUAUUGUACUUCAUGACACUGUGGAAAUCCCUGGGGCAUCUCUUGGACGACUAGAUGACCAUGUCUUCAAUAUUACGGGUUCUACAAUUCUCUAUACACCAGAUACAAAACUCACGAGGAAAAUAAUGGAAAAAUUAGAAACUGUCUCUGUUGUGAAAGGUAUAAAGACAAAAUUGCUAAAAGAUGAAAAAGACAUGAUAGACGAUUACAAAUAUGAGCUGAUUGGAGUCGAAUUUCAGGAUGAUGUUUCCUAUGCUCUCAGAUUUCCUAUGUAUAGGGCGCAAUCUCCAGAUGAAUUAAGUGCACAAAUAGAAUACUGUUACAACUAUUCAUCUUCACAUUGUUUGGUUCCAAGAUACUGGUUCCAUGGAUUUAUAUCAGUGCAAUCCAGUAUUGAUAGUGCUCUUAUAGAAGAAAUCACCAAUCAUUCUGUCUGGGAUGAGAUGAAAUCCAUUAGUGCCAUCCUUAUGAGAUCUCCUUCUGUUACACCUACAAGCAGUGCAGAAAACAGUCUAUUUUUUAUUGCCGUGGCAGCAUGCUUUUCUCCCUUUAUGUACUUCUUGUCACAAAACGUUUCACGAGAGAAAAGGAAGCUAAAGGAGCUGAUGAAGACGAUGGGGCUAAAAGAUAUGGCGUUCUGGUUAUCCUGGGGUUUGCUGUAUGCUAUUUACACUGCCAUUAUGUCCUCUGUGAUGGCAGCUUUUCUGAAGCAUUGGAAUCUUUCCUGGUGCAGCUUUUUUGCCUUAUUCCAUCUGUUCUUCUUAUAUGGCAUCUCAUCUAUAUGCUUCUGUUUCAUGAUCAGUUCUAUUCUUAAAAAGCCUAAAGCAACUUCCUUUGUUACUACCAUCCUCAUUUUCUUUUUUGGAGCCCUUGGAGUUGUUACAUCAAUUUCUAGAAUUUCUGUAACGUUGGAAUGGAUUUUGGGCAUCUUCUGUCCUUUUGCCUUUGGUGCUGGACUCGCAAAGAUUUCUAUUUAUCAAAGAUAUGGACAACCCUUCUAUAUGACGCAACUGAUGAAGGAACCAUAUGUCUAUAUCCUGUUUUUUGACAGCGUUUUAUACAUGCUGUUGACAUUGUAUUUUGACAAAGUUAUUCCUGACAAAUAUGGAGUGCCCUAUUCUCCCUUCUUUUUCCUAAAGAAGUCCUACUGGGUUAAAUCAAGAAAGAGAUUAUUGGGUGAUGUUUCUACCAACGAACAAAGCAAUAUCUCCAAUGACAACUUUGAGCCCGUACCACCUGAAUUUGAUGGGAAGGAAGAGAUUAGACUAAAUAACAUUAAAAAAACAUACGAGGUGAAGAAAACAAAAACCGAAGCCUUGAGAGGUUUAUCGCUGAAUAUCUAUGAAGGCCAGAUCACUGCUAUACUUGGCCACAGUGGAGCUGGAAAAACGACUCUGCUACACAUUCUCAGUGGCCUUUCCAAGCCAUCAAAUGGCUCUGCAACCAUAUUUGGCUACGAUAUAUCAGAAAGGGCAGAUAUGGAAGAAAUUAGAAAUAUAAGUGCUGUGUGUCCCCAAUUCAACAUUCAGUUUGAAUUUUUAACAGUGAAGGAAAACCUAAAGACUUUUGCUAAAAUAAAAGGGGUUCCAUCCAAUGAUAUAGAAAAGGAGAUCCAAACACUGAUGACCCUCUUGGAUAUCACUGGCAUUCAAAAUGUUCAAGCUAGCCAUUUAAGUGGUGGACAAAAACGAAAAUUAUCCCUUGCGAUCACAUUUUUAGGAGAGCCACAGGUCAUGCUUUUAGAUGAGCCAACUGCAGGACUGGAUCCCUAUUCUAGACACCAGGUGUGGUCAAUCUUGAAUGAACGCAAAGCAGAUCGAAUUAUUCUGUUCACAACUCAGUUCAUGGAGGAAGCGGAUAUUCUUGCCAACCGGAAAGCUUUCAUUUCAUAUGGCAAAUUGACCUGUGUUGGUUCAUCUUUGUUUUUGAAGAAAAAAUGGGGAAUUGGCUAUCAUUUGAGGAUGCAUAUAAAUGAAAUGUGUGAUCCCGAGAGGACUACAUCCCUGGUCAAGCAACACAUUUCUGAUGCUAGAUUAUCAGAACAGCGUGAAAAUGAGCUGAGUUAUACACUGCCUCUAGAACACGUGGAUAGAUUUCCAGGUCUAUUCUGUGACAUAGAUCAGCAGACAAACCUGGGAAUUGUUCAUUAUGGGGUCACUAUGACAACUAUGGAAGAUGUCUUUCUAAAGCUGGAAGGAAAUGAAAUAAUUGAUGAUGAUUAUGGAGUUCAUCGUGGUGAGCAAGUGGAAGGGGGAAAACUGGGUCAAAUGGAACAAGAAAAGCCAUUGCUCUCAGACACAGGAAAGGCAACACUUAGAGGCAUGGCACUCUGGAGACGGCAAGUUUGCGGCAUAGCAAGAAUGCACUUUUUGAACCUCAAGCGUGAGAGCAAAGUCUGGGCAGCACUAUUACUUCUUCUUGGAAUUAUACUAGCUCCAUUGAUCAUUCAGCACAUUGCUCUUAGUAUUUGGUCUACCCAUCAUAAAACAGAGCUUCAUUCUGGACUUUAUUUUGAGCCAGGAAAGCAGUUUUUUACAGGAAUCUCGGGACUUCUGAUCCUUAAUGAUACAGGUGAAAACAUUGACCGUUUUAUCCAUGCAGUGAAGAAACAGAAUAUCCUGCUGGAUGUAGUCUCUGGAAGUAAUAUCAGUGACCAGUUAGUACACAAUGGAGCGAUAAAAGUAGCCAUGAAAGACCAGAAAUACAGGUUCACAAUUAUGUGUCACAUGGAAGUAAUCAAUUGCUAUCCUGUUCUUGUCAACAUAAUCAGCAAUGCUUUUCUGCAAAUGUCAAAUUCUGCUGCCCGUAUUCGAUUGUUCAGUCAUCCACUUUUAACAAUAAAUUUUAACGAAGAUCUCUGGGAUUUUUUUUCUCAUGGGUACUUUAUUUCAGCUGUUUUCUUAUUCCCAGCUUUUCCUCCAAACUUUGCAAUGACAAGUGUCCGUGACUACAAGAUAAAAACUUGGUCUCAGCUGCAGAUUUCAGGAAUUUUCCCUUCUGCGUAUUGGUAUGGACAAGCUCUGGUGGAUAUUCCCUUGCUUUGCAUUCUAUGUGUCUUAGUGUUUUGGCCUUGCUUGAUACAGUUCUUCAUUGCAUAUGAAGGUCUUCGUAGAACCAUCAUUGCCUGUUCGGUAUUCUUUCUGCUUGGGUACAGCACAUCAAUCAUCACACUGCAAUAUGUGCUUGCCUUUGUAUUUCGCAAAAGAUGGUAUCCUAGCAGCUUUUGGUCAUUUACGCUCAUGUUGGUGACACUGGUUAUCACUGUGAUCCAUAUUGCCUUUUUUCGUUCGACCUAUAUGAUUUAUGUGCUGAUGUUUUUAAUUCCUAUGUAUCCAAGCAUCACCUUUUUACAAGCUUUCAUAGUGUUACAGCGCCUGCCUUUGCCUGAGGACGAGCAAUGGUACACAAGCACUUUAAAGCAACUUUGGAGCUCUACUUUUAUGCCAUAUCUCAGCAGUGCAACGUUGAUGUUAUUACUUUGCUGGCUGGUGAGGAAAUAUAGCAAGCCAGUUAUGAGAAGAGAUCCUGUCUUUAGGAUUUCUCCGCAGAGCCAAAGCAUUCACCAGAAUCCUGAAGAACCCAGUGAAAAUGAUAGAGAUGUUAAAGAGGAAAGGGCAAGAGCUCAAAGUGCCCUGGCAUCUGAAAAUCAGGAAGAGAAACCAGUUGUCCUUGUCCACAACCUACGCAAGGAGUACAGAAGCAAGAAGAGCUGUUCCUGCUUGAAGAACAAGGCAGGAGGCAAAGUGGCCACUAGAACUGUCUCAUUUUGUGUUAAAAAAGGAGAGGUUUUAGGGCUAUUGGGACCCAAUGGAGCUGGUAAAAGUACAACAAUUAGCCUGAUAACAGGAGACACAAAUCCAACAGCUGGACAGGUGCUGAUAAAAGGGGCUCGUGUAUCAGCAGUGGAAGAGAACGCGGGUGGCUUUCUUGGCUACUGCCCUCAGGACAACGCUCUCUGGCCCAACCUGACGGUGAAAGAACAUCUGGAGAUUUAUGCAGCUGUCAAAGGGAUAAAGAAAGAUGCCACUGCUUCUGCUGUUGAUCGAAUAGCAAAAGCUCUAGAACUCCAAGAACAUUUCAAAAAGACUGUUAAGUCACUACCUGCUGGAUUAGCUAGAAAAUUAUGCUUUGCCCUGAGCAUUUUGGGAAAUCCUACUGUGGUACUGUUUGACGAACCAACUAUAGGAAUGGAUCCCAAAGGAAAACGUCAGGUCUGGAGAGCAAUUCGCUCUGUUUUGAAGGACAACAACCAGGGUGCCAUUCUGACUACUCACCACAUGGAAGAAGCUGAGGCAGUGUGUGACCGAGUAGCUAUCAUGGUGUCUGGACAACUCAGGUGCCUUGGCUCUAUUCAAUAUCUGAAAAGCAAAUUUGGCAAAAAUUAUUUACUCCAAAUAAAAGUAAAAGGAGUAGAGGAAGGAGAGCUUCUGAAUACUAGGAUUUUGCAGAUCUUCCCACGUGCAGCCCGUCAAGAAAGGAUAUCUACUUUGUUGAUCUACAAGGUCCCAAUGGAAGAUGCACUCCCUCUGUCCAAAGCAUUCUCCAUGCUAGAGGAAGCUAAACAAAGCUUCAACCUGGAGGAAUACAGCUUUUCUCUGAAUACUCUGGAGCAGGUUUUCCUAGAAGUUUGCAAAGAGCAAGAACAAGUUGAUGCUGACACAGUUCUGGAUACAGCUUUUGAAUGGAAGCACCUACAGGAGGCUGAUCUCUAAGUUGGUAACAACUUGAUAUAAUCAAAGAAACAACUUUGCCUUUCAGUAAGAUAACAUCUAGUUUAUAUCCUAGGCUGGAAGCCCCAUGGAAGAGGACAAUACAGUUGAUACCUAUUCCUCUAUAUCAGGGAUCCUCAAACCUUUUAAGCAGAGGUCCAGUCCACAGUCCCCCAGAGUGUUGGGUGGCCUGACUAUAGUUUGAAAAACGCACACUGCACAUGUCUUAUUUGUAGUGCGAAAAAACCAUGAAAGAACAAUACAAUAUUUAAAAAUAAGAACGAUUUUAACUAACAUAAAGCUAUCCGGAUUUCAAUGGAAAGUGCAGGCCUGCUUCUGGCCAACGAGAUAGUCAAGUUAAUUAGGAUUGUUGUUAUUGUGUGCCUUCAAGUCAUUUCAGAUUUAGGGCAAGCCUAAGUCUAAAACUGAGAUCGGGGGCCAGAUAAAUUACCUUGGAGAGCUGCAUCUUGGUUUGGGGACCCCUGCUCUAUAUUGUAAAAGAUAUGUAUUACUAACACCCAUAUUAGUCACAUUGUCAUAUUUGUAGACACUCUGUUCUUAAGACAGAAAGGUAAUGGAAGUACCUUAAUCUAACUUGACGAUUACUUCAUCCUACUUCUCAGUCUGUUUGGAUUAAAGCUAUAGGAGCCUAAUCCCAUAUCCACUUUGCCAACCUUAGGCACAUAAGUGACAUUGGAUAAACACAGGCAGCACAAGAUCUGUUGCUGCCUGAAGCAAAAAGUGUUAAUGACAACACUUUCCCAUCUUUAAGCCAAGGUGCAUUAUACUCAAGAACAGUCAAGGUAUUUGAUAUCUGAACAGGACAAUCUCACAAGCAUCAUUCCCAUUUCUGGCAGUACAAAUAUAACAAGAUUGUUCAUGGCAUGCCAAUCCAGUUACCCAAGGCAAAAUCAACUAUACUUUUUUUUAAAAAAAAAAGGUCUUUAAUUUUUUUAAAAAAUGCUGUCCUUCAAACUUACAGUAUUAAGAAUUAUUAAUAAAUCUCAGUAUUCAGUUAUAAUAUCACAGUGACACUGAAUUAUUUUGUAAUUUGUGAUAAUCACAUAACACUUGCAGUAUUAAAUAUGGAUAAUAUUAGCAAUAUGAAUCAAAUGUCCUGUUUUUAUAAAUAAAUAAAUGACAUACCGUUUAAA